AAACAUUUCUAAACCACCAUCACAAAAUGCGCGCCGCAGUUCUUAUCGGCGCUCUCUGCGCCGUGGGCGCCAUGGGCUCGCCGCUCCAGAAGCGUGUUUACGAGACUGAUCUCAGCAUCGUCACGGUCACCAGCACUGUCACUGGAGGAGAGCAGGCUGCCACUGCAGCUCCCGUUCCAGUGGAGCAGAAGCAAGCCGCUGAGCCUGCGCCUCAGGAGCAAGCUACGACUGUGACCUCCGCCUACGAGUACACCGUGACUGCUACGUCUUCUCAGACAUCCGCAACUGAGGUUGACCCCGUUGCGACCUCUGCUCCUGCUCCUGCUCCGGAGCCUACCACGACAACUGCAGCCCCCCAGCCUGCGACGACUUCUUCUUCCUCCGAGGUCACCACCGCUCCGGCCCCUACUACUUCGUCCACCACCAGCGCGGCUCCUGUUACCACCUCUUCUGCUACCACCUCGUCUGCUGCCCCCAGCCAGUCCAGCACCAACGACGACUACCAGGCGAUGAUCCUGGAGAACCACAACAUCCACCGUUCCAACCACUCCGCUUCCGCCCUUGCUUGGUCGACGGACCUUGAGUCGACUGCUCAGCAGCUGGCUGACGGCUGUGUGUACGAGCACAACACUCAGAUCGGUGGUGGUGGCUACGGUCAGAACAUCGGUUACGGUAUUUCCGCGCAGAAUAUCGGCAUGAUGAUCACCAACCUGAUGUACAACGAUGAGUUCGACUACUUCAACAACCUGUACGGCGAGGCGAACCCGGACAUGACCAACUUUGAGAAGUGGGGCCACUUCUCUCAGAUCGUGUGGAAGGGCACCAAGGAGGUUGGCUGCUACACCAAGGUCUGCAACACUCUGCAGAACGUCGAUUCGGAUGGCCCCAUUCCUUUCACUGUUUGCAACUACAGCCCUGCAGGAAACUAUGCGGGCGAGUACUCCGACAACAUUGCCAGGCCUCUGGGUCACGCUUUCUACGCUGUCGCAUAGACUGCUCAGGCCUGAGGCCGUCAUUGCAUGAUGGCCCGCUCCUCUCGUUCUUGCGCUCGAGUUCGGUAUACAUAGCCUUCAGUUGUUCACAUUCUUGGCACGUAUUUAUUCUCGGGGGUACCAGGAUGUUCCGGUCUGUGUCUGGACACCCUGCAUGAAUCAGUAUUUGGACCGCAGGCGAGCCUCGUCAACUGCCAAUAACAUAUCUCGUCUCCGGCGUAUGCGCAAGCUGGCCGCCAGAUCUCCAGUGGAUAUACAUCUU